AUGAACUAUCCCGUCUACGCUGGCGAGAUCGACAAUGGUACCGUCGUGCAGCCAGCACAAAGCACAGAGGUGAAGCAGCAUGCCCAGGCAAGCGACCUUCCACAAGGACAUACCCUGAAGCUCUCCGAGCACUUGUCUGCUUCAUUGUUGGGACCACCACCAGGGCUUGAGACUUCUUUGCCAACUCUCUUGUCUGGCAAGGCCAAGGUGAGGCGACCCAGAAAGGAGGCAGAUUCAAAAGGCUCCAAAGUGGCUUGCCUGAUCCGCACGAAAGAAGGUGCACAAGCAAUAUGUGCACAGCUUGCGAGUCUGCAAGCACCCUACCACAGCAGCUUUCGCUCGGAGUUGGUUGCGUCCUUGUUGCCAGACUUGCCAAGCUUGGCCUGUGAUCCACACGCCUCGCAAGUAAUUCUGCAGAUCUUCACAGUUGAUGACGACGUGAGCCUGGAGCUGUGCAAGAGAAGUGUCCGGCGCCUUCGUGGCUCUUUUCUGAAGUUGACCAAGGACAAGCAUGGAUGCUGGGUUGUACAGCAGCUACUUCAACGAGUACCAGCGGAACUUCAUGCUUUUCUUGCCUUCGAGUUGCGGGGAAAAGUUCUGGCCUGCAGCCAGCAUUUACAUGGAAACUUUGUUUUGCAAAGAUGCGUGGAACUGCUGAGCCACAAUGAUGUGGGGUUCAUCGUGGAAGAGCUCAAGAACCACGCAGUGGACGCCGCAUCGCACAUCUACUCCUGCCGUGUCUUGCAGCGCAUCAUUGAGCACUGCCCACACGACAGCCCGGGCAUGACCGAACUCCUUGACAACCUUCUUAUCAGCAGUGAGAGGCUGCAAAAGCUGGUCAUGGAUCCCUACGGCAACAAUGUUCUUCGUGCAGUCCUUGCGCGUGGAAGAGCGGUGCAUUUAAAACUCAUUGCCAAGCUAUUCGCUGAUGAGUGCAACAUACUGGCAUAUGCACGUAAUCGACACUCCAGCCUGGUGCUGGAGAGGCUUUUGGAGGCCAUGACGGGAGAGUUUCGGCGCGAACUACAGGAGGAAAGAGAUGCCCUGAUGAUCGCACUCCUUGGAGACGACACAUCCAAUCCUCCCUUCACGCAAAUGGCUUUGGACCGUUUCGGAAGCUCGGAGUACUCUAGCAUUUCUUCUGCAUUCCUUUCUUUUGUCUCGAAACAAUUCGGAACCAACGAGCGCUUAGCAGCGAUCACCCCAACAGCAGAGCGUAGUCGGCGCAUGUCGGCGCUUGUGCCUUUCAAUCUCUCAGUAAAGGCUCUUUGUGCAGCCGUCUCAGAAAGGGCCAUGCAGAGGAGACGUGAGCGUCUUGCCAGUAAGAAGCUGAUCUUGCGUCUGAAGCAAUCUGGUGAUUCAACGGUGAUUCAGUGUCGCCUGGAAAUCGCCCAAUACUUUGAAUUCGAUCCCUCCAUAUCUGGAGGCGUCGGAGGCUGCGAGGGAGGCCACAAGGCUGGUGACUCAGCAGAUGAUGCUGUCACCUACGCCACCCCCGCUCUCUGCAUUGACGUCAUCUCCUUCUGCAAAGGUGUUUCUGCAUUUGCAGGUUCAAGCUCUGAAUGCUCUGCUUUUGCCUUCCUGGUGAGGUGCAGCUUCUUUGAAAAGGGAAAGUGCUCCUCCGACACGUGCAGGUAUGCGCAUUCUCUGAAUGAACUGCGAUGCCCUCCUAAUUUGCAGAAAACCAAGCUGUGCAAGUCGUUUCUGCAAGGCAAGUGCUUGGACGGGGAAAACUGCUCGUUUGCCCAUGGAGACUCUGACCUCCGGGUGACCUCCGGGAUUUACAAAACGCAAAUGUGCAACUUCUACGAGCGUGGCCAUUGCAAGAAGGGCGACCGAUGCAACCACGCCCAUGGUGAUGCCGAUCUGAGACCAUCAUUCAGUCCACAGAAAACACCUGUGCGAGAGAAAGAGAAAGGCUUCAUAGGCAUGCUCCAGACACCAGAUGCUCGCACGCCUCCGAAAGUGGCUGCCGUAGGCGAGGGCGGUCGCAGCCCCAUUCGCAGCCUGGAGUCUUCGAAGAAAGAGCGUCUUCCUCUAGCAGAGCUUCUGGAAUCUCAGGCUGGCGUGCAGCUUGAAAACGGCCCUUGCCAACCUAGUGUUGCCGAGCUUGCAGCUUUGUCCUUUGCCCCACCCGGGUUGGAGUGCGCUCGGAGCGAUGCGGACGUGAGACCGGCAUUCAGUCCCCAGCAGACGCCUGUGCGCGAGAAAGGCUUCAUAGGCAUGUUCCAGACACCAGAUGCUCGUACGCCUCCGAAAGUGGCUGCCGUAGGCGAGGGCGGUCGCAGCCCCAUUCGCAGCCUGGAGUCUUCGAAGAAAGAGCGUCUUCCUCUAGCAGAGCUUCUGGAAUCUCAGGCUGGCGUGCAGCUUGAAAACGGCCCUUGCCAACCUAGUGUUGCCGAGCUUGCAGCUUUGUCCUUUGCCCCACCCGGGUUGGAGUGCGCUCGGAGCGAUGCGGACGUGAGACCGGCAUUCAGUCCCCAGCAGACGCCUGUGCGGGAGAAAGGCUUCAUAGGCAUGUUCCAGACACCAGAUGCUCGCACGCCUCCGAAAGUGGCUGCCGUAGGCGAGGGCGGUCGCAGCCCCAUUCGCAGCCUGGAGUCUUCGAAGAAAGAGCGUCUUCCUCUAGCAGAGCUUCUGGAAUCUCAGGCUGGCGUGCAGCUUGAAAACGGCCCUUGCCAACCUAGUGUUGCCGAGCUUGCAGCUUUGUCCUUUGCCCCACCCGGGUUGGAGUGCGCUCGGAGCGAUGCGGACGUGAGACCGGCAUUCAGUCCCCAGCAGACGCCUGUGCGGGAGAAAGGCUUCAUAGGCAUGUUCCAGACACCAGAUGCUCGCACGCCUCCGAAAGUGGCUGCCGUAGGCGAGGGCGGUCGCAGCCCCAUUCGCAGCCUGGAGUCUUCGAAGAAAGAGCGUCUUCCUCUAGCAGAGCUUCUGGAAUCUCAGGCUGGCGUGCAGCUUGAAAACGGCCCUUGCCAACCUAGUGUUGCCGAGCUUGCAGCUUUGGCCUUUGUACCGCCCAUGCCGCUUUCUUGGACGACGUACCAUGUGAGUUCUCAUUCGGCCUACUCGUGCCAACAUUCAACGACACCGUUGCGCGUCUUGGAUCCGGUGGAUUUGCUUGUGGAUUCAGAACGUUGGGAUGGGCCUCGGGAGCUGGAGUGGUCGCCGGGGGUUUCGAGCGUCGCAAACUGGAACAUGGCAGAAAUGGAGACAUCCUGGGACGAUGCUUGGGAUCCAGAGCUGUUCUGCUCACAAUGCCACGAACAAGGGGGGCAAGGUUGCUGA